AUGGCUCGGAAAGCUAGAAUUCAGCAAAGGAAUUUACUUGGAUCACUGACUUGCUUACGUGAAGACACUGACUGGAGAUCAAGUCUUAAGUGUGUGGAGGGUCCAUGUCUGAAAACUCACAGAGGUGAGAAGCCAUAUUCAUGUCCUGAAUGUGGAAAAUGUUUUUAUGUGAAAUCACAUCUUGAUCAACAUCAGAGAACUCACACAGGAGAGAAGCAAUAUUCAUGUCCUGAAUGUGGAAAAUGUUUUAAUCAGAAAUCACAUAUUGAUAAGCAUCAGAUAACUCACACAGGAGAGAAACCAUUUUCAUGUACUGAAUGUGGAAAAUGUUUUUAUUAUAAAUCAAAUCUUAUUCAACAUCAGAGAAUUCACACAGGAGAAAAGCCAUAUUCAUGUCCUGAAUGUGAUAAGUGUUUUAUUGAGAAAUCAAAUCUUGUUCAACAUCUCAGAAUACACACAGGAGAGAAGCCAUUUUCAUGUGCAGAAUGUGGGAAGUGUUUUAGUCACAAAUCACUUCUUAAUGUACAUCUAAGAACUCACACAGGAGAGAAACCAUUUUUAUGUCCUGAAUGUGGGAAACAGUUUACUAUGAAAUCACAUAUUAAUAUACAUCUGAGAACUCACACAGGAGACAAGCCAUAUUCAUGUCCUGAAUGUGAUAAGUGUUUUACUAUGAAAUCAAAUCUUAAUAGACAUCAGAGAAUUCACACAGGAGAGAAGCCAUAUUCAUGUCCUGAAUAUACAGCUGCAUAUGGACUUGUUUUUGAAGGACGAGUUACAACUUCCAUUACUGCCAGUUUGGGAUACAAAAAAACUUUUUAA